GGCAACAAUCGUUAGCAUAUUUUGACGUUUCUCUCAUUCGUAUAGCCGUGAUUUGUUUGAAUUUUAUAUUGUGAAGAAAUAUAUUAGUUUAUUGCGAUUAAAUAUGGAUUACGAAGAAAAAUGUGAACUGAUUAAAAGCAUAUGGGAAUGCAUUGGUGAGGCUGCGGAAUUAGACUCUGACGACAGCGAUAAAGAAGAAAUACUUUUAGGAUUAGCAAAUUUGGGCGAAAAAGUUUCAUUGUUGCCUAUCAAGAGGACCAAGCGGCAAUGGGUAAAAGAAUGGCGAAAAAACAGAUGCGAUCACGGCUCGCUCGCUUUUUUAAGCAAAGAGUUGCUGGUGUACGAUGAGCAGAGCUAUAAAAAUUUUCUACGGAUAUCAAAUGCUCAAUUUCAUUACUUGCUAUCGCUAAUUGCAGAUGAUAUUCAACGUUCUGAUACUUCAAUGAGAAACGCGAUUCCCGCAGCAGAAAAAUUGGCAGUGACGCUGCGGUUUCUCAGCACUGGGGAGUCUUACGUCAGUUUGGAUUACCAGACGCGAAUAUCCAAAUCCUCAAUUUGCAAGAUAGUUCCCGAGGUAUGCAGUGCUUUGUUUAACAAAUUAAAAUCGUCAUAUUUAAAGUUUCCGAGCAGCAAAUCCGAAUGGGAGGCUAUAGCAACAGAAUUCGCGUUUAAGUGGCAAUUCCCGAAUUGCAUUGGCGCAUUAGAUGGAAAGCAUAUAACUUUUCGUCCCUCACGCACUGACGGAGCUUUUUACAAAGGCACGAACAGCAUCAUUUUAUUAGCCCUGGUGGAUGCUAAUUGUAAAUUUAUUUUCGUUGACGUGGGUUGCAACGGCCGCACUAAUGAUGCUGGAGUUUUUCUACAAAGCAAGUUAAGUACUGUUCUUCAAGAUGAGAAAGAAAUACCAAAAGCAGCCUUAAUUGGAAACAAUCGAAGCGUUCCAUGUGGCCACUGUAGAGAAAAUUGUACUAACGUGCUGUACUUUACAUAA